ACAAGCAAGGAUGAUUUUAUAAUAGGAGCAUUUCACAACUUGUACACCAAUUCGCACGCUCAGCACAUGCGUCCGAGAAAGCAAUUCUGUCUUCUCAUUUGGCUGGUACUACAAUAAAAAUGGUCAACCUGAAAUCAUAGAAUAGAAUAGAUCAUCAUUGACGUCCACGCCUCACCUUCCAUUUAUGAGACAGAACGAUCAAAUUGCCUACAUUUGAGUCGACUGACAUCAGGAGUCGCAAGAACAUUUAUCGCUUUAGGCUGAAUAACACGGAACUCCAAAGUAAAGUCAGUAUGUUUGCUUUGACAGUGUAAAUAUCAAUCGCGAGCAGAGAGAGCGAGCGCGUCGAUCUUGAACAACUACAGCGCGCGAAUUUUCUAACGUUGAAAUCUUCAAGUGGAGUAGGACACAGAAAGGAGUUUGUCGUCGCCAUGGAGUUGAAUUCAGUGCUUUUGACUGCGGGUGGCUCUAUUGGAUUUUUUAAACUUGUCAACUGUGGUGUCAGUAAACUCCCUCUUCCCGAGACUGCUUGCAGAAACGCCUGGAAAUGGAGAAAUAUCUGCACAUCUUUCACCCACAGUCUGAUAACUGGGAUAUGGGCUGUACUGUGCUUUUUCCUACACCCACAGAUGGCCGAAGAUUUGAUAGGAACCCAUUCUGUGUUCUCGCACACGUUGGUUUCUAUAUCAAUUGGCUACUUCAUCUAUGACUUCCUUGAUAUGGUGCUCAACCAGAAGAUGAUCCUGUCAUGGGAGCUCCUAUUCCAUCACACAGUGGUGAUCAGCUGUUUCGGCAUCACCGUCCUGACCGGUCGCUACGUGGGCUUUGCUGUGGUGGCCCUCCUGGUUGAGAUCAACUCUGUGUUCCUCCACCUGCGGCAGAUCUUACGCAUGGCCAACCUAGCAGAGGGCAACCUCUACCGCAUCAACAGCAUGGUCAACCUAGGUACUUAUGUGGUGUUCCGGAUCAACACCCUGGCCUGGAUGACCCGCUGGCUGGUCCUGAACCGGGACAACAUCCCCCUGUUCAGCUACACAGCGGGGAGUGUAGGGCUAGCCAUUAUGACCGCCAUGAAUAUAGUGCUCUUCUACCGCCUGCUGAGGUCUGACUUCCUCAAGAGUAGUACACCCACGCCCACAGAUUGUAAAGAGAGUAGAGGGCAAGGAGAGGGAAAGAAGGAGACGUAGGAAGGAAGGGAGGGAGGGAGAAGAGAUAAUGGCAGAGAUUGUAUAAUGGCAGAGAUGGAUAAGAUGUCCUUGAGUAUUCGAGAGGGUGAGCAGGAUGUAUGAACACACGUACAUAUGUACACACACAGGGAAAUACAUAAGACAUCCUGUAGCGAAGCCGGGAGCGCGAGGAUGUCAGUCACAUACAAACACACACACAUAUAAAUACACACUUUGUGGCCAACAGACCUUGUACCUUAUGCCUGUACUCUACCCAAGAGAUCUGACCAAAUACACUUCCUCAUCUCUUCUGUUUUGAGGUACAGGCGUUUACAAUUCACACACACAAGGUCCAUUGAAUGAUAGCCAAAAGAAGUGACACAUCUAUGAAAUAAUGUGUGUGUAUAUAUGUGUACUGUGUGAGUGUGCAGGAUAAUGUGCUCUACUGUACCUUAGAAAGUUUGGGUUCUCACCCAAAUGGUCGUGUGUGUGUGUGUGUAUAUAUAUAUAGUCAAAAGUUUGGACACACCUACUCAUUCAAGUUUUUUUUUUUUUUUUUACUAUUUUCUACAUUGUAGAAUAAUAGUGAAGACAUCAAAACUAUGAUAUAAUACGUAUGGAAUCAUGUAGUAAAAAAAAAAGUUAAACAAAUCUAAAUAUAUUUUAGAUUUUAGAUUCUUUAAAGUAUCCACCCUUUGCCUAGAUAACAGCUUUGCACACUCUUGGCAUUCUCUCAACCAGCUUCAUGAGGAAUGCUUUUCCAACAGUCUUGAAGGAGUUCUGACAUGCUGAGCACUUGUUGGCUGCUUUUCCUUCACUCUGCGGUCCAACUCAUUCCAAACCAUCUCAAUUGGGUUGAGGGUCGGGUGAUUGUGGAGGCCAGGUCAUCUGAUGCAGCUCUCAAUCACUCUCCUUUUUGGUUAAAUAGCCCUUACACAGCCUGGAGGUGUGUUGGGUCAUUGUCCUGUUGAAAAACAAAUGAUAGUCCCACUAAGUGCACACCAGAUGGGAUGGCGUAUCGCUGCAGAAUGCUGUGGUAGACAUGCUGGUUAAGUGUGCCUUGAAUUCCAAAUAAAUCAUGACAGUGUCACCAGCAAAGCACCCCCACACCAUCACACGUCCUCCUCCAUGCUUCACGGUGGGAACUACACAUGCUGAGAUCAUCCGUUCACCUACUCUGCAUCUCAUAAAGCCACGGCAGUUGGAACCAAAAACCUCAAAUUUGGACUCAUCAGACCAAAGGACAGAUUUCCACCGCUCUAAUGUUCAUUGCUCGUGUUUCUUGGCCCAAGCAAGUCUCUUCUUCUUAUUGGUGUCCUUUAGUAGUGGUUUAUUUGCAGCAAUUCGACCAUGAAGGCCUGAUUCACACAGUCUCCUCUGAACAGUUGAUGUUGAGAUGUGUCUGUUACUUGAACUCUGAAGCAUUGAUUUGGGCUGCAAUUUUUGAGGCUGGUAACUCUAAUGAACUUAUUCUCUGCAGUAGAGGUAACUCUGGGUCUUCCUUUCCUGUGGUGGUCCUCAUGAGAGCCAGUUUCAUCAUAGCGCUUGAUUGUUUUUGCGACUGCACUUGAAGAAAUUUGAAAGGUUCUUGAAAUGAUCUGCAUUGACUGACCUUCAUGUCUUAAAGUAAUAAUGGACUGUCAUUUCUCUCUGCUUAUUUGAGGUGUUCUUGCCAUAAUAUUGACUUGGUAUUUUACCAAAUAGGGCUAUCUUCUGUAUACCACCCCUACCUUGUCACCACACAACUGAUUGUCUGAAACGCAUUAAGAAGGUAAGAAAUUCCACAAAUUAACUUUUUAACAAGGCACAUCUGUUAAUUGAAAUGCAUUCCAGGUGACUACCUCAUGAAGCUGGUUGUGAAAAUUCCAAGAGUGUGCAAAGCUGUCAUCAAGGCAAAGGGUGGCUACUUUGAAGAAUCUCAAAUAUAAAAUAUAUAUUUGAUUUGUUUAAAUGUAUUUAAAUAAAAAAGAAUCCCUCGUCAAUCUACACACAGUACCCGUUUAAUGACAAAGCAAAAACAGGUUUUUAGAUUUUUUCGAAAAUGUAUUUAAAAAAAAUGAAAGACCUUAUUUUAGCUCAGGUGCAUCCUGUUUCCAUUGAUCAUAAUUUAAAUGUUUCUACAACUUGAUUGGAGUCCACCUAUGAUAAAAAUCUUUUUUUGUUGAAUUUGACCCCUUUUUCUCCCCAAUUUCGUGGUUUCCAAUUGUUUUAGUAGCUACUAUCUUGUCUCAUCGCUACAACUCCCGUACGGGCUCGGGAGAGACGAAGGUUGAAAGUCAUGCGUCCUCCGAUACACAACCCAACCAAGCCGCACUGCUUCUUUACACAGCGCGCAUCCAACCCGGAAGCCAGCUGCACCAAUGUGUCGGAGGAAACACCGUGCACCUGGCAACCUUGGUUAGCGCGCACUGCGCCUGGCCCGCCACAGGAGUCGCUGGUGCGCGAUGAGACAAGGACAUCCUUACCUGCCAAGCCCUCCCUAACCCAGACGACGCUAGGCCAAUUGUGCAUCGCCCCACGCACCUCCCGGUCGCGGCCGGUUAAGACAGAGCCUGGGCACGAACCCAGAGUCUCUGAUGGCACAGCUGUCGCUGCAGUAUAGCACCCUUAACCACUGCGCCACCCGGGAGGCCCCACCUGUGCUAAAUUCAACUGAUUGCACAUGAUUUGGAAUGGCACACCUGUCUAUAUAAGGUCCCAAAGUUGACAGUGCAUGUCAGAGCAAAAACCAAGCCAUGAGGUCGAAGGAAUUAUCACUCUGACAGAGUGCCAAAUUUCCUUUGUGGAGAUGGGAGAACCUUCCAGAAAGACAACCAUCUCUGCAGCACUCCACCAAUCAGGCCUUUUUGGUAGAGUGACCAGAAGGAGGCCACUCCUCAGAAAAAGGCACAUGACAGCCCGCUUGAAGUUUUCCAAAAGGCCCCUAAAGGACUCUGAUUCUGAUUCUCAAGAUUCUCUGGUCUGAUGAAACCAAGAUUGAACUCUUUGAACUUAAUGCCAAGCGUCACGUCUGGAGGAAACCUGAGACCAUCCCUACGGUGAAACAUGGUAAUGGCAGCAUCAUGCUGUGGGGAUCGAGGGAAAGAUAAAUGGAGAAAAGUAGAGAUCAUUGAUGAAAACCUGCUCCAGAGCGCUCAGUACCUCAGACUAGGGCGAAGGUUCACCUUCCAACAGGACAACGACCCUAUGCACAAAGCUAAGACAACGCAGGAGUGGUUUUCGGACAAGUCAAUGAAAGUCCUUGAGUGGCCCAGUCAGAGCCCGGACUUAAAACCAAUCGAACAUCUCUGGAGAGACCUCAAAAAAAAUGUGCAGCGACGCAUCGAACCUGACAGAGCUUGAGAGGAUCUGCAGAGAAAAAUGGGAGAAACUCCCCAAAUACAGGUGUGCCAAGUUUGUAGCAUCAUACCCAAGAAGACUCAAGAUUGCUGACAAAGUUUCUUAAACAAAGUAUUGAGUCUUUGGUCUGAAUACUUAUGUAAAUGUGAUAUUUCCAUUAUUUAUUUUUAUACAUUAGCAAAAAUGUAUAAAUCUGUUUUUGCUUUGUCAUUGUGGGGUGUGUGUGUAAAUUGAGGAGAAAAAAAAAUAUUUAAUCAAUUUUAAAGUCUUACCCUUUAACAUAACAAAAUGUGGAAAAAGUCAAGGUGUCAGAAUACUUUCAGAAUGUGUGUGUGUGUGUGUGUGUGUGUGUGUGUGUGUGUGUGUGUGUGUGUGUGUGUGUGUGUGUGUGUGUGUGUGUGUGUGUGUGUGAGAAAUGUCUUACAUGUUGAGGUGCAAAUCUCAUAACACUGAGAAAGAAAAAUAUAUAUAAAUACUAUGUGGAAUCAUUGAAUCCAACACCUGUGUCUUCUUGAACAUGUUGUAAACAUGUUGAGUAAAACUAGCACUAGAGUCGAAGACGUUUAUUGGCCAAGCCUUAUGUAAACUAAACACCUGCUACCUCGGAAGACUGUAGCAACUGCAGCUGUUCCUAACAUGAGCUUUGCUAUCUAUUUUGUAAGGGUUCCCAUGGGGCAGCACACAUUUGGCCCAGCGUCGUCUGGGUUAGGGGAGUGUUUGGCCUGCUGGGAUGUCCUUGUCCCAUCGCGCUCUAGUGACUACUUGUGGCAGCUAGGUGCAUGCAAGCUGACCUCGGUCGCCAGCUGUACGGUGUUCCCUCCGACACAUUGGUGCGGCUGGCUUCUGGGUUAAGUGAGCAGUGUGUCAAGAAGCAGUGCAGUGCAUCCUCGUGUUUCGGAGGAUGCAUUGCUCUCAACCUUCGCCUCUGCCGAGUCCGUACAGGAGUUACAGCGAUGGGAGAAGACUGUAACUAGCAAUUGGAUAUCACAAAUUUGGGGAGAAAAGGAGUAAAAAGCACCAAAAAUAAAACCAACAAAAAAGGGGCGUGUUGGUAUUUCUCAAAACUGUUUCACAUACUCGCUGAUCGGGUUGUUAACCAAACAACAAGGUUGACUUCAGAUCGAUGUCGAGUUGAAUUUUGUGGAAAUUAAACUAAAACAACAUUUCCCUAAGAAACAGCAGCUAUGUUUGCUUUCUCUCCCUCACACACACACAACACACACACAGGCACACAGGCAACGGCUGCUAUGUUAGUCCAUUUGGAACUUGCCCAUUAAGUCGAGUGUACCUCUCAAUACUAGGUCCACACAGUCACCAUGACAACCGAGAGAGCCAGCUCGGUGCCACACUUUUUUCCCCAGCUAACAUGCCUGACUGCAGUAAUCAACUAAUCAUGAUCUUCAGUUCAGAAUGCCAUUUGUUUAAUCAGCUGUGUUUGGUAGGGAUCGGGAAAAGGUGUGACACCACUCCGGCCCUCGAAGACUGGAGUUGCCCAUCCCUGUUCUUGGUAGAAGUUGCCCAUUUAGGCACAGAUCCAAUAUCAGCUACCUGUCCCAUAUCCUAGAUCUGUGCCUAAAAGGGCAACCUCUAUCUAGUAUCCAUCAUAACAUUACAGACCAUCGGUAAUAUUGAGCUGAAGUUUUUCUAACAAGAUGUAUUUCUAUGUUUUGCUCCACUUUUUUAUUUAAAAUUUUUUUUUUGUAUAUUUGUAAUUUAUUUGUAUUCAAAAAAAGUUGUGGAUUUAAUUAUCAAGGAUGAAUAAAAUUAUAAAUAUGGUUAAUGAA